ACAAUGACAGUGUCAAGAGCAGUAUCAAAAAAGGGACCUAGUGUGAAUCCCGAACGCUUGUGUCAACGGACUCACUCCGUCCGGAAAAGUGGUCCCGCGAGCUCGGGAGCUCUGCCGAUCUCGGCUCCGUGUGUCCCGCACUUCCUCAAAACAUUCGUGGAUCGCCAGUCCAUGAGUGUUGCCAAACCUAACACGACCUUCUAAACAAAAAACAAUGAGCUCGCAAGCAAGACCGAAACCGCCGCCUGCGGGCGUCUGGUGUCCCGCCGUCACACUCUUCAACCCAGCAACCGACACCAUCGACCACGAAGCCCAAGCAAAAUGGUACACCUACCUCUCCACCACCGGCCUCACAGGCCUCGUAAUCCUCGGCACCAACGCCGAACCCUUCCUCCUCACCCAAGCCGAACGCAAAUCCCUCAUCCACCUCGCCCGCUCCUCCGUGCCCCCCAACUACCCCCUCAUAGCCGGCGUAAGCGGCCACUCAACCGCCCAAGUCCACGACUACAUCGCCGACGCCCACGCCGCCGGCGCCAACUACGCCCUCCUCCUCCCACCAGCCUACUUCGGACCCGCCACCACGCCCGCAGUCAUCGAGCGCUUCUACGACCGCAUCGCCGCAACCAGCCCGCUGCCCAUCAUCAUCUACAACUUCCCGGGCGUGUGCAACGGGGUCGAUCUCGACUCGGACCUGAUCGCGCGACUGGCGCGACGCAACGCGAAUAUCGUAGGCGUCAAGCUAACAUGCGGGAGUGUGGCGAAGAUCACGCGGCUUGCUGCUGUGUUGCCGGCUUCGGAGUUUAGUGUGUUUGGCGGGCAGAGUGAUUUUUUGCUUGGGGGGUUGGCGGUCGGGAGUGCGGGGUGUGUGGCGGCGUUUGCGAAUGUGUUUCCGAGGGCGAUAGUGCGGGUUUAUGGGCUGUAUAAGGCGGGGGAGGGUGCGGAGGCGUUGGAGUUGCAGCGGAGGGUUAGCUUGGCGGAGACGCCGUGUAAGGCGGGGAUUGCGAGUACGAAGUUUGCGGCGGGGGAGUUUGCGGGGAGGAGGGCGGGGAUUGAGGGGGCGGAGGGGAGGUUUGUGCCUAGGCAUCCGUAUGGGGAGGUGGGAGAGGAGGUGAAGAGGAUGAUUAGGGGGCAUAUGGCUGAGGUGGCUGCGAUUGAAGACGGGUUGUGAUUUUAGUAUACGCUUAUGCGGACGUCGAAGGUAUGGCUUUAGUGACGGAACAUGGCCGAUAAAUGUCGACGU